CCUGCUGUUUAUAACAAAGGGAGUGAACACGAUAGUAAGCAAGAAUGGGCUGAGCAAUUAUUCGUUUCCGGACAAAUUCAUGUUCGGCGUCGCAACGGCUGCAUUUCAAAUUGAAGGCGCUUGGAAUGAAGAUGGCAAAGGCGAAAGUAUGUGGGACACCUACUUACAUAAACAUCCAAAUUUCACAGUUGAUCACACGAACGGUGACCUGGCCGCUGAUUCUUAUCACAAAUACAAACAAGACAUUAUUAUGAUCAAAUCUCUCGGAGUCAAAUAUUAUAGAAUGUCGAUGUCAUGGCCAAGAAUCUUACCAAACGGUACCGACCACUAUAUAAACAAAGCAGGUGUCCGACAUUACCGCAAGGUUUUGCUCGAGCUCAUUGAAGCCAAAAUUACUCCUGUAGUCACACUAUACCACUGGGACCUACCCACAGCGCUUAUGGACUUAGGCGGGUGGACCAAUCCGAAGAUGGUGGAUUAUUUUGAGGAUUACGCGAGAGUAGUGUUUAGUUUAUUUGGAGAUAUUGUCAAAAUAUGGACAUCGAUUAACGAGCUUCAUGUACAUUGUUAUAAUGGUUACGAUCUGAAUAAUUUCGUUCCAGCGAUGAAAUCACACGGAGUUGGAUUUUAUUUGUGCUCUCAUUACAUGUUAUUGGGACAUGCGAGAGUUUAUCAUUUGUAUGAUAAGGAAUUUCGACCGAAGCAAAAAGGUAAAAUUGGAGUUACGCUCGAUGCAUUCUACGCAGAACCAAAGGACAGCAACAAUAAAGAAGAUGUAGACGCCGCCGAGCGAUAUCUUCAGAUGCAUUUGGGACUGUACGCUCAUCCAAUAUACUCCAAAGAAGGAGAUUACCCAGCGCUGGUGCGGGAAAGGAUCGAUACCAUGAGUAAAAUCCAAGGGUAUCCUCGAUCCCGACUGCCAGUAUUUACACCAGAAGAGGUUGAAAUGAUACGCGGAACUUCAGACUUUUUUGGUCUUAAUCAUUACACUACAAUCUUGGCAUCUCCUUCAUCGAUGGAGCCAGGCUGGUCAGUGCCUUCUCUCGACCACGACACGGGAGUCAAGUCUGAUCAAGACCCCAAAUGGCCAAUUCCUGGUGCCGAUUGGCUUGCAGUAUACCCUCCGGGAUUGAGAAAACUCGUCAAUUGGAUUACGAGAAACUAUGGAACGAGGGUUCCUAUUAUCGUAACGGAAAAUGGAGUGUCCGAUUUUGGGGGACUCAACGACUAUGUACGGGUGUCUUAUUACAACAAGUAUCUCUACCAACUGUUGCUUGCCAUGCAUGAAGAUGGGUGCAGAGUUGACGGAUACUUUGCGUGGACACUUAUGGAUGACUUCGAAUGGUCCGAUGGAUACUCAAUAAAGUUUGGUCUCUUCCACGUGGAUUUUAAUAGCACAGAAAAGAAGCGAACACCAAAGUUAUCAGCUCUCAACUACAGAGAAAUCAUGAGGACGAGACGUAUCAAUUUCAAUUAUAUAAAAAUACCCUCAUAUAAAUACAAAAACUUAUAACAUAGAUUUAAUUGCAAUAGAUUAGGCUGUUAACUUAGUACAUACUAUAAAUUAUUUCUAUUUAUAUUUGUAAAUAUUAGUGAUGUUAAAGCUGUCCUGUUGUUAAAAAGA